AUUUAAUUUGCAUAAUAUUUCAAGACGAACUGUAUAAUUAUUGAUCUAAUUACAGUUAAUUGCUAUUCUAUUGAUUUUAAGGCAUUGAAGAUGCUUAUCAAUUGAACUUGUUUAAGUAUAAAAGCAUCCGAAUUCUACAGUUCUAUCAUCAGUUUAUUGAAGUUAUUCAAAAAGUUCUGAAAGGAUAUCCAAAAAAAAAUAAAAAUCAUGUUGAAGUUCAUUCUUAUUGCUGCCGCAAUCCAACUUGUUUCGUCUCAAAAGACAUUACAAAUUGUAGACUUAUGCAAAACUGACCUUUGCGAUGGAAAUCAUCUGACAUGUCAAUUGAAAGAAAUUCAAUCAAAGGCAGCAUCAGGAUGUGCUCGUAUUCUUGAUCUUACUGAGGAAAACAAACAAGCUUUUCUUGAUGCACACAACGAGAAAAGAAACUUGAUUGCUAAUGGUAAACAACCAGGAUUUAAUUCCGCUACCAGAAUGGCUACAGUUGAAUGGGACCAAACACUUGCUGACUAUGCACUUUUGAAUGUCAUGAGAUGCGACUUUGCUCAUGACUGUCACGCAACUAAGGACUUUCCCUUUUCUGGUCAAAAUAUUGCUGGAGAUUUCGGAGAGGAUUUGAACAAAAUUGCUUACAGUAAUGUCGAAAACUGGUACUCAGAAGUCAAGAAAUCAGAUCAAUCAGCUAUCGAUAACUGCUGCAGUAACUAUUUGAUCAAUGGACAUUUUACACAAGUUGUUAGAGACACAUGUACGAAAAUUGGAUGUGCUGUCGGCAUCAUUCCUUACAAUGGCGAACAAAUGACUUAUACUGUUUGCAACUAUUCAUAUGGAAAUCUUGAUGGCAAGUCAUAUAAAUCUGGUGCACCAGCUUCUGAAUGUAAAACUGGUACAAAUCCAAAAUAUCCAGCUUUGUGUAGCUCUGCUGAAUAUAUUGAUCAAACACAAUAAGGAAUUUGAUGACAUUUUGGUUUUUGCACAGUAGAUGAUCAAAAUUUUGUGUGAAU